ACUUCAAAAAUCUAAUUGUCAGUUUCGAAAUUGCUAAGGAAUUUGAUUUUACCGUUUUUCUGUUUAUAAUAAUUGUUAUUGAUAAUGGAUUGAUAAUGCUGGCUUUUUCUUGAAUUAAAGAUAAUUAUUUGGUCAUAUAUUUGUACCUUGUGUACAGUUCAAGUAGUGAUUGAUUAAGUAAAAAGUGUUUUGUGCAAUGGCGACGUUAGAAGACGAAAUUAGGGACUUGAAAGAGAAAAAUAAUGAAUUGGUGCAAAAAGUGCAGUUCUGGAAGUUGGCUGCAGCCAAGAAGGAGGAUGAGAAGCUGACACUUAUGAAAGAGGUCAAUGAAUUGAGACUUAAACUGAGCAUGCUCAGAAACCAUGGUUCAACCAAAGCAAAGAAACUUGACGCUGCAUUGCAAGAAGCAAGUGAGAAAGCUAUCGCACAUCUGGUUAAUGCUUCUGCGGAAAUAGCCAAAAGUAUGGAGAUAGCUAAAGUUUAUAUGAGGGAGAGAGAAGAGUUAGAGGAGCAGCUGCCUCGCUGGAGCACGCUUGGUGGGACUCCAAGAGCAGAUAAUACAGAGAGAGUGCACAGAGUGGCACCUAUGAUGAUGGAAGGGCGCUGUGUUCAGCCUGUAGUUGAACUCAACAGAACUAUCUUGCUAAGAAGUGGAUCAGGAUCUGGAGAUACUACAGAGAGGGCAGUGCCUUUACGCAUGUUGCAAGAUGUCUAUAUUCCAUUAACUAGGAUUGAUAUAUCAGACUUUGCACAUCCAACUGUGGAGGUGGAAUCUAAUAUGGACACGGGUAAUGAGGAGUAUAUGGAAGGGUACGGACCGCCAGGAGUUCCAGUACCAAUUCACAGAGGACAGAGACGCCGUGACCGCCGUGACCGCAGAGACCGCAGGGAUCGCAGAGAACGCACGGCAGACCGCUCAGGAGAUCAAUAUGAGCAACCCUCUGAGCAGCACUAUGAGGAACAUGUCCAACAACAUCCAGAACAUCAGGAACAGCACUAUGAUGAAGAACAACACUAUGACGAACAGCAGGAACAAAACUAUGACCGACAACAACAACAUUAUGACGGACAGGAGGAACAACACUAUGAGGGAGAGCCAGAACAACACUAUGAUGAUCAGAACUUGGACUCCAGUGGGGAGCCUAUGUCAGAAGGGAACGACUAUGCUAUUAAAUUGGAGCCGGAGAGUGAGGAAGAAAGGGCGGUCAUGGAAGAAUCACAGAGGAUAGGCAUGCAGUUACGAGAUGACAGUUGGCCUCAGCAAGGAUUUGAGACUAUCGAAGAGUCUCCGGAAGAGGCUCACCAGGCCUCUAUGAACAGCACCGCAUAUGACAACCCACUGGAAGGUCCCAGCUGGUUACUGGACCGCACCCCGACUACACCUCGCACCCCUACAGCUGCUUCUCAUACUCCUACAAACCGCCAUGAACCCACACCAAGGAAUGGUAGGAGCUUCACACUAGACUCCACAACAGAGAGGAACAAGACACCAAACACAUCCACCAGGAACACUGAUGAAAAUGUACCAAUGGAGCCGAGCCCGGUGCAGGUGUCGUUCUCCCCGACGGUGCGGCGCCGGCCGCGCGGGUCGUCGCCGGCCGCCACGCCGCACUACUCGCCGCGCCCCGCCGCCUCCAGGCGGACCAGUCGGACCAGCUUGAAUGGACGAGUGCUAAAGGUGUUGGUGGCUAAGAUGCGCCUAGACGGCAGUCCCCUGUCCCUGUCUCCGGCAAAGCAGGCUCGGUCGCCCCGCACGGUGCCACCAUUCGACGCACCCAGCCCUAACGGGGCUACAGACUCCAGAGUUAUUGUGUCGGAAGCUAGAAGCAUAGACCAGGAAGUGCCGGAGUCAGUGCGGGAGGCGGCCCUUAGCGGCAGGGGGCGACACAGUCGCGACCUCGACGAGCGCAGUCUGCUCGUGCACUCCAGGGACAGUUCCACGCUCCGCCACAGCCGACUGGGCAGCCAGGACGGCCGCGACAGCGGACAGAGCAGUCGGCGCGGCAGACUCGACGACAGCGACAGCAGCGGCGCCGGGGGGACCGUCGGCGAGGGACGGACGCGGAGGCCUAGGAAGGCCAUCACUUACAAGGAGAAACCUUUGAAUAGGAAAUUGCGAAGAUGAUCUCUAUUCUUCAAAAGUGCGAGGCGUACUUAAUUACUUAUGGCUUUAAUAGUUGUUAUUAUUUUAUAGUAGUUUAUGAUUUGCGAGACUGGAUCUCAGGUACAACGGAGUAUGAAUUAGUUGCCUAUUUAUAAAUGUCUUUUAUAAGUUAUCAUGAUUAUCAGAAGCUUGUUUUAUUGGCCGGCUUCACACUUUGGCUCCAAUAGCACUAAAGUUAUUUGUCCAAUCUUUGUUUGGGAAAUAGCGUUGGCUCAAAUGUUGGUAGUUGUUGGCAUAAUGUAUCGAAAUAUUCAGAGGAAUGUUUUUCUUAGAAAAAGUAAGUAUACAUACAAAAGAAGUAAGCUAUUUCGAUUUCAUUAUUAGGCAUGUCACAGUAAUUCUGAUUGGACUAUAGUAAUUGGGUACUUGCCUUCAUCAAAAAUAAAUUAUUUUACCUGUAGAAUAUUAAAAAAUUA